AUGGCGAAAGCUAUGGCUGUGCUUCAAGGGUUGGGCCAUAAAGUAAGUGGCAAGGAACAGGAAUGCCGCACAUUGCAGGUCAACAUGCCAUCUCCGAGGCCUGUUGACAUAGAAUUUAACAACAUCACGCUUCAAGUCUCUGAGGGAUUGACCUCAAGAAAAAAAAAGACUAUUUUAAAAGGUGUUUCUGGUUUGUUCAAAUCCGGUCAACUGACUGCCAUAAUGGGUCCUUCGGGCGCCGGAAAAUCUUCCCUCAUGAACGCACUAACUGGUUUUUCGACUAAGGGUGUCACGGGGAGUAUACGUGCUGGAGAUAGCGUAUGUGAACUGAAGCCUAAAGGCUCACUAAGUUCCCUUAAAGCAUAUAGGAAGAAAUCUUGUUACAUAUUACAAGAUGAUAGACUGAACCCUUUAUUCACUGUGGCUGAGCUGAUGAAAUUCGCUGCUGACAUGAAACUAGGUGACACUCUAACAGAUAAAUUGAAACUGAGCGUGAUUAAUGAAAUAAUCAAUACACUAGGGUUAUCAGGAUCAGAAAACACAAGGUGUGCAAGUCUCUCUGGUGGACAGAAGAAACGAUUAUCGAUAGCAGUGGAACUGAUUGACAACCCUCCCGUACUUUUCUUAGAUGAACCAACUACUGGCCUGGAUAGCAGCACAUCUGCGCAGUGUAUGCAACUUCUAAAGAACUUAGCAAGCAAUGGUCGGACGAUAGUCUGCACUAUUCACCAACCACCUGCGUCCGUAUACUCGCUAUUUGAUCAAGUAUACAUGCUUGCAGAAGGCAUGUGUAUUUAUCACGGGGCCAGUGAAAACACGGUCCCUUACCUUGCUUCAGUGGGGCUUCAGUGCCCGAUGUACCACAAUCCUGCUGAUUACAUUCUAGAAAUUGCAACCGGAGAGUAUGGGAAAUUCAACGAGUUCUUGGCGGAGAAGUGUUCGAACCAUAUAUGGGCGGAGAAACCAGCAAUCCUACCGGUACCCGACAGAAUUAGCGAAGUGAUAUCUUUAGGAAAGACAUCGGUUAUCAUCAAUCCACCUCACGAAUUAUACAAAUUCGGAAAACUAUUUAGGCGAUGCGUCUUACAACAGUAUAGAGAUUGGACUGUCUCACACCUCAAGCUGUUCAUGCACAUGGUGAUUGGUGUGCUCCUUGGGUUGCUCUACGAAAAAGCUGGUAGUGAUGGAUCGAAGACCGUCAGUAAUUUAAGCUUCCUUCUCGUCAGCACUGUAUACCUUUGCUACACGUCACUCAUGCCUGCUGUACUGAAAAUACCAACCGAGAUGUCAGUUCUGAAGAAAGAGAACUUCAACAACUGGUACAAUCUUAAAACGUACUAUGCAGCGCUGCUUGUCACCGGUAUGCCCCUGCAGAUUAUCUACAGCUUCGUCUAUUCAGUACCAUCAUACUUCCUAUCUGGGCAACCGGCUGAACCGUACAGGUUUAUCAUGUUUGUCAUCGCACUUGCCAACGUGGCACUCCUCGCCGAAGCCAUGGGCAACGUCAUCGGAACAUGCUUCAACCCUGUGAAUGGAACUUUCCUAGGAGCGAUAUGGACGUGUGCAAUGAUCGUGUACGCAGGGUACCUGGUCCUCCUAGCGCAUAUGAACACAGUGAUGCGAGCUGUAUCACAUGCUUCGUUCCUAAGAUAUGCCUUCGAAGCUCUAGUAUUGGCUAUUUACUCCAAUGGACGGCAGCCCCUAAACUGCCCCGAGGAUAUUACGUAUUGUCAUUUGAAACAUCCGAAGACAGUCAUCACUGAAUUCAGCCUCAAGCCGGACAACUAUUGGAUCGACAUUUGGAUUCUACUUGGAGAACUAGUCUUCGUCAGGAUAUUGGCAUACUUCACAUUGAAGAGGAGUGUCAAAACAUCUACAUAA